CCGCUGAAACGCCCGAAAAAUACAGGAUCCUGCGCCAUUAUUGUAUAUUGACGCCACGAAAUAACAUCGAUUCUAUAUUCGUUUAGAUUCCUUACGUUUAAUUUUGUUCUAUAGUUUUUGUCUAUAAAUUGAUAAUGAGCGAUAUCGAAAGAAGUGGUAGUCGAAGUUCCAGUCCCCGAAGGCCACGGACAGCAGAUGGUGGUCUUAGAGAUUCUCGUUCACAUUCAAGAUCACGAAAAUCACGUGAACGAAAAGAAUCACAUAGAGCGGUCAAAGAAUACUCCAGAUCACGUAGUCGUUCAUUAUCAAGAAGCCGAAAGUCAUAUCGCAGUAAUAAGUAUACUGGUACUGGUCAUCGUGGAAGUAGUCGCAGUCGCAGUCGGUCUCUUUACAGAGGUGGCAGAUAUUCUCGCAGCAGAUCUCGAUCUUACUCACGUUCCCGUUAUUCGCGAGAACGUGAAAGGAACAUUUAUCGGUCACAUUCUCGCAGUCCGAUGUCGACUAGAAGACGUCAUGUUGGUAACAGAGAAAAUCCUUCUCCUUCUCGAUGUUUAGGUGUCUUUGGACUUUCCAUAUUUACAACAGAACAACAAAUACAUCACAUCUUUUCCAAACAUGGACCCGUUGAAAGUGUACAAAUUGUUAUCGAUGCUAAGACAGGACGAUCUAAAGGUUUUUGCUUUGUUUAUUAUGAAUCCUCCGAGGAUGCUAAAGUUGCUAAAGAACAAUGCACAGGAAUGGAAAUUGAUGGACGACGGAUAAGAGUAGACUAUUCAAUUACACAAAGAGCCCACACACCUACGCCCGGUAUUUAUAUGGGAAAACCGACGCACCUACCCGACCGAGGAUGGGAUGGACCCAGGCGUAGAGAGAGCAGUUACAGAGGAAGCUACCGGCGUUCUCCGAGUCCAUAUUACAGCCGGCGACGAUCACGUUAUGACAGGUCUAGAUCACGCUCCUAUUCUCCACGUUUUGAAUCAAGAGGUAUUGGAUGAUAGAGGGAAGUUUGAAGUUUCACUCUGAAAAAAUGAAAGUUUUGAAAAAUUGAAGACAAGAUUUCUGAAGAUGUAUGUCUUGCUCGCUAUUUCAAGAUAUGAAGGUUUUUCGCGCAUGUGACAAAGAAUAUGAUCCGAAUCGCAUUCACUUCCGGCUGAGAAGUCUCAAGCCUAGAAGAUCAACAAGUACUAUAAAGCACAAGCAUCAAGAGUCAGAAUCGUUGGCCCCCGACCUGGACAAAUAUCAGUUGUUGGGGGUGAAACUGGCUGAACGUUUCAGAAAUAUCUUAAGGAAGCAUCGAAAAAUCUUUUCUAAGUAGGGAAGAGCGUAAAAGGUGCUCCAAGGUUUAUACCGAUCAUAUUCUUUCUCAAUUGGUUUGGUUUACAUACAAUACAAAUAAUAUUCGCUGCUAUUA